GACUAUAUCUCUGACAUAGCCAGUAACAUGAUGCUGGUGGAGGAACACAUCCUGUGGAUGGCUCAGAACGAGGCCAGGGCGUGUACUCGCAUCGUCCAGUGUGUGGAACGCAUCGCCGACCUGGCUCUCACCAUAGACACGCAGGUCAUAUCAAAGGUGUCUCCUAACAUAGCCCUGGAGGCCUUUCUGAUCAGGCCGUCUAACUUCCAGGGUCUUUCGUGUACGGCAGGACAGAGAGCUCCCCUUCCACCCCUCUCUAGUCAGAGGGCCGAUGGGGACCAGGAUGACAUCGGGGACCUGCUGCUCAACUUCAAAUGUCACCCGGUCAACGGCAGCGGCUCCCCCGCCAGCCAACUCCGCAAGAACUCCGUGGCAGUCGCCGCAAUCCAUUUACCGCUGGCUGGUACGCCUAACCCCUCUGCGUUGCAAUCUGUUGAUAACUCGACUUGCAAGCUGCAGUUUAUUGUCUUUCGAAAUGGGAAACUCUUUCCUUGCACAGGGAAUUCGUCAAACCUUGCAGAUGAUGGAAAACGUAGGAGCGUUUCGACACCAGUUGCUUUCACCAAAUUAGAUGGGUGCAGCAUCGGGAGCGCCGUGCACUCGGUUACCAUUGCUCUCAGGCACUUCGCGCUGGGUGUAGACCCAACUGCAGCCUAUUGGGAUUUUGACCUGCUAGAUGGGCACGGUGGCUGGCGGGCAGAGGGGUGCCACAUAACAGGCUCCACGGGCAACACGACCACCAUUCAUUGCACUCAUCACAAUAACUUUGCGGUGCUAAUGGAUCUGAAGAAGGUGCUGUCUUUCCCCCCGUACCCUGGGGAGUUUCUGCACCCGGUCGUGUAUGCCUGUACGGCCGUCAUGUUGCUUUGCCUCUUCGCCUCCAUCAUCACUUAUAUCGUGCACCACAGCACAAUCCGCAUCAGUCGGAAGGGAUGGCACAUGCUCCUCAACUUCUGUUUCCACACAGCUCUGACCUUCACUGUGUUUGCCGGAGGCAUCAAUCGAAUCAAAUACCCCAUCAUCUGUCAAGCAGUUGGCGUGGUGUUACACUACUCGUCCCUCUCCACCAUGCUGUGGCUGGGGGUGAUGGCCCGGAACAUUUACAAGCAGGUGACCAAAAAGCCCCUUCAACACCAGGACAGUGACCCGCCUGCUCACCCCAAACAGCCCAUGUUGAGGUUUUAUUUAGUCAGUGGCGGAGUGCCCUUCAUCAUCUGUGGAAUCACAGCAGGCGUCAAUAUUGACAACUAUGGCAGUGGGGAGACCGUCACCCUAGUAAGUCACCAGCACUGCUGGAUGGCGUGGGAGUCCAGCCUGGGAGCCUUCUAUGGCCCUGUGGCCUUCAUCGUCCUGGUCACCUGCGUCUACUUCCUGUGUACCUUCAUUCAGCUGAGGCGCCACCCCGAUAGGAAGUACGAGCUGAAAGCCCUGACUGAGGAGCAGCAGAGGCUGGCAUCCAUCACCGACGUGGGUAGGCAUUGCCAUCAAGGGGAAGGGGAGCCCGGAGCCCUGCCACCACCGCCCAAUGGAGGGCAGUGCCACGCGGGCUGCCACUCGUCCACUGCCAUCAACCCCUCUAUGCUGGCCAACGAGCAUUCGUUCAAGGCCCAGCUGAGGACAGCAGCCUUCACCCUCUUCUUGUUCGUGGCCACGUGGGCCUUCGGGGCGCUGGCUGUGUCGCAGGGCCACUUCUUGGACAUGAUCUUCAGCUGCCUGUACGGGGCCUUCUCCGUCACGCUGGGCCUUUUUGUGCUCAUCCACCACUGUGCAAAGCGGGACGACGUGUGGCAUUGCUGGUGCGCCUGCUGCCCUGGGAGACGCACCAACCACGGUUGCCACGGUCAUGGUCACUCGUGUCCAAAGGUUAAUGUCAAUGGGGAUACAAUAGGGCAUGGGCACGGGCACUGUCACCUGGAUUCGCCGUGCCCGGGUAAGGCCCUGUUGGGAGGACACGCCCAAAGUGGCACCUUGGGUCACUGUAAGCAUGGCAGCCUGACGCCGGCGCAGAACCAUGUGACAUGCCUGUCCCCCGUGGCGCCCUGCUGCACCGCCCUGCACAGCCAGCAGCUGAUGGAGGAGGAGCCUACGGCGCAUGUGCUCCUGCACACUGACCCAGAGGGCUACCGGCCAGGCAUCCACCUGCAUCGUUGCCUGAAGGGCAGRACUAGGACUAAGCCUCGCCACUUUAGCCGCCAUCGGCAGGCUGGCACAGGAGGGCUGGCAGAGAGGGAGUACGCCUACCACAUCCCCUCUAGCGUAGACGGAGGCUCUAURCACAGCUCCCACACAGACAGCCCUCACAGCACGCACGAGCGCCUCGGACACAUCUGCCACCUGGCUGCUUCCCCCCAGGAAGUAGGCCACCACACGUGCCAUGCGUCCGCAGCGGCGGUGGCUCACGAGGCGGCGCUGGCGUGCCACGCCCCCUGCCACCGGCACGUGCCUUGCUGUGCCAAGGCGGACCUGUUCCCCACUCUGUGCCAGGCGGAGGCGGGCGACACAGGCACCUUUCUGUGCGGCUGUGGCAAAAAAGCCAAUAAGGAGGAUCUAAUCGUGCCGCAUCACCACCUGGAGAUGCACCCGCGCAGACAAUCCUACCCCCAGAACCCACCGGCCAAUCAGAAUGGGAUCCUUAAAGGCGGCCUUGUGUACGCAUCAGACAGCACAGGGAAUAUACGCACUGGACCCUGGAGAAAUGAAACUACUGUGUAGUCUAAAGACGGGGGGAAGAGAGAGACAGCCCCAGCCUCCCUUCCAUCCCUCCCUCUAAACCUCACCACCUUUUUAGGAACUACAACAAAUAAUCAUGAAUAACUGUAUCCCAUCYCGACUUGUGUGUUUUUUUMUGUGUUUUUUUWAAACUUUCAUUCUUUGUUUUGUUUUCAUGCGUUCUCGACGUCGUCGUAUAAGCCCCCCAACGAGCAGCCGUACACAGAAGCGAUUUUUCUCUCCUUAAUUAAAGGAAUGUGAGUCCCACACCACGGGAUACAGCACCUUUUGUUGAAAGGUGCUAUAGUAUGGUAUUAUCAUUACAUAUCUAAACAAUACGGACGUGUGUGAACAGAACACGCGCGRUUGUUCCUCGCUCAAAGCAAAUGCUCCACGCGAUUGCGUUCUCUUUUGUGAGUCACUACAUCCAUCGACUACUCUCUGAUGUGUACCUUCAGUGCUUCAAGAAGCUCAGUACGAGUGUUUUAGGCAAACACACCAGCAAUUUAGAGUCAUUAGUAUUUUUGCCAUUUUGAACAGCAAGCAUACUUACUAUAAUAUACUGUGAUUAUCAGCUAAACAUUUCUUAGUAAUAUACAGCGAUAUCUGCUCUCGUCAGAGUUCUGUGGAUGCCGAUACGUUGUGAUUUUGGUUUUUUUUAACAACCCAAAAGAAAACCGAAACCACAUGAAGUAUUCUGUCACAGGUUGAUAUUGAAUGUUCUUGUCUGUAUGAUGUCUUACUGUUGUGUUUUUUGGAGAGAAGUAUACAACAACAACAACAAUCACAUUGUCAUUGUGUGUAUUUGCAGUGUUGGAGCAAUAGUGCCAUUCAUGUCAUUGUAUGCCAUGACCGAGCCAACAGGUGUAGGUUGAAGUUGACCCCAAACACUGAUCUUUGGUUAGUUUUGCAUUUUCCCCACUGAGGAUUGUGGGAGGGCAAGCUGAGCCUAGAUCUCUAACUAGGAGAAACUUUGCCCCGGUGCCAAGCAUCAGCAUUCCCAUCGUCUAAAUAACCCAAGCCGACAUCUCCCAUUUCUGGUAAGGAUCCACAAAAUGGCGGGAGGUCAUAUCAGAGAUCAAUGCUAAAGCGCAACCAUUUAUUUUUCUAGGCAACAGAGCAUGCAGGCCUUGUAUGUAGCUAUGUGCUGUGUGUUUUUUGCCUUGUAUUUCAAUGCACAUUAAUGAAAAARUCCAUCUCUGUUUGUCUAUGGAGCUGAUCGAGCUAUAACAUGCCGGAAAAACAAACAAUAAUAUUUUUACGCGGUUUUAGUAUCCAUUAUUGUGGAUAGUCCUGAAACCUUGUUCUGUUGAGGACAGAGGACAGGGCUGAGAUUCAGUGUUGCUAUUAUUGUCACAGUGUUGGUCAUCGUCAGGUUGAAGUGUUGUCCCUUGGCUGAGAACAUGCAGGAAGUUAAUUGAGUUUAAUAUUUAUUAGUGGUAUUAUGUACGGUUGCCCCAAGGAGCUAAAUUAACUUUUUUUAAAUCGACUUUGCCCCUUAGGGCCACCGUAGUUAUGGUAUGGAAACCAGUCAUUCCCUAGUGAGAGAGAACAGACCAAGUUAAGAGAGAAACAAUCAAUACCUACAAGAAUACAGCAGCUCCUGCCUGGCCAAAACACCUUGGCAUGUCACACCAUCCAUCCAUCUUGUGCACUCUUGUCUAUGUACAUAGAAUGAAUUCCGAGGAAUUAUUUUAUAAAAGAUUUACGAUAUUUAAUAGUAAAUAAAUCUAUAUGUGAAGAAAAUGUAUGGGAAAGACUGACCUCAAUGUUAAUGCUCAGUAUCUGAGUUUUAGAAAAUGUGAUUUGUUUUUUGGUGCGUUGUUCUGUUUGCUUUUCUUUUUUGCUCUGAUCWUUCAAAAGGUAUGCAAACUGGCCAUAUGUUUUGCUAUAUUUGACACACAAGCGCACCAACAGCUAAGGGAUACCAGGACUUGGUGUCACACAUGUCGACUGUGUUUGAAUUGUGAAUUGAAUUUCAAAGUGUGUCUCCUCAACAAGUGACUUGAUUCCAGAAGGCAAUGUUUGAAUAUGAAAUAUUUGAGCAUUUCUGAAAAGAGCAUUCUUAGAGAUACAUGCAUGAAAGUAAUYAGCCCCCAUGAGACUUCCAAGACUACGUCAGGUGAAGCUUGACGUCAUAGCUACGUUGUCUGGAUCAAUGAGCUUUGUAACAGCUUCACUAAAAACACCGAACAUCCUUGGUAUCUCCCUUUUUUUUUUUUUAUCAUCCUGCAUUAAACAUGUCUAUGCGAGAGUAUUUUGCUUUGGUCUAAAUUUCUGUACUUCUUGUACUUUGAAAAUAUGUUCUUAGAAGCAAAAUAUAGCUCUCAGUGUAUGUGAACCUGGUACCAUAGGCCUCUAUCUACCACCUGUCUCAUCAUUCAGCAGUAGUACUGCCAAUUUAGCUAGCUGGAUUAGCCUGUCAGAUCUCUGCCAGUAUCACUACUUUUUUCUACAUCAACAAAACAGAUACCAAUAAAUUACUUUUUUUCA